CCUUACUCCUUUUUCCCUCUCUCUCUCUCUCUCUUUCUAUCUCUCUCGGUCUUUCCCAUAAGAAAAAGGGUUAAGUAGAAACAGUAAAAAAUCAUCCGGAGAGAAGAAAAGAAAGUCUACUGGAAGGAUAGAGAAGAAGCUUAAGAGAUUUGAAAUUCUGAAACACAGAGAUAAGAGCUUUGAAGAGAAUGACAAGCAAAAAUCCAACUCAUCCAGGAGGAGAUGAUCAAAUGCUUCUCAUCUCUCCUUCACUCUACCCAACAGGUUUCCUUUACAAUCCAGUGGCUGCUCCUGCUUCAGGAGAAACUAAACCACGUAGGAGGAGGAAGAAGAACAAAGGAGGAGAUGCCAUGGGAAUGGGUCUAAGGAAGAGGAAGUUAAGUGCUGAGCAAGUCAAUCUUUUGGAAAUGAACUUUGGGAAUGAACACAAGUUGGAGUCUGGAAGGAAGGACCGUUUGGCUUCAGAACUUGGGUUAGACCCAAGACAAGUUGCUGUUUGGUUCCAAAACCGCAGGGCUAGAUGGAAGAACAAGCAAAUUGAAGAGGAAUUCUCCAAACUCAAGUCUGCUCAUGAAUCUGCCAUCGUUGAGAAAUGUUGCCUUGAAGCUGAGGUUUUAAAGCUUAAGGAUCGGUUGUCGGAGGCUGAGAAGGAAAUCCGGAGGCUCUCGGAGCGGUCCGACGGAGUAUCCAGUGGAAGCCCUAGUACUUCUUCUUUCUCCAGGGAUGCUGAUACUCAGCUUUUUUGUGGGUUUGGAGUGGAUGAAUUUGAGAAUUUAUUUUAUGCACCUGAAAACAGUUACGUUCAUGGGAUGGAGUGGGCGAAUAAUUUGUAUGAUGUGUAGUGAUUAUAUUAUUUUUUUUCUUCUUCUUAUAAUCAUAUGUAAAUAUCUGACUUUGUAGUGUAAAUCAUCAUCAUCAUCAUCUAGUUAGUUAGUUAGUUCUCUAUUUCUGGUAUGAUGUAAUUGUUACUACUAAUAUAAAUGUCAUCUUCCACUCUUAAUUUCUA